AUCAAAAGGCAAGCGCUUACCCACACUGUCGGAAUCACGAACAUAUUAUUUUAUUAUGGCACUUGCGCGGCUCGCAAACAAAAUUCGCCGAUUAUAGUCAAUUAAAAGUCAUCGUCGAACACCGAGGACUUUGUCAGUUAAAGCUCCAACAACAUAGGACCGCUGAGCAAGACGUGGAAGUGCCGAAAAGAAACUAAUUUUACCAGCUUGCCGCCUUCUCUUUUGCCCUCCGCGAACAUAAGGAGACGCGGAACGAAAUAUUCAGUUUGUGCUAAUAGCUAAAAUCCACAAAGUUUAUCAUCGAAUAUUAUGAAAUGGAGCAUUGAUCGCCAGAAUCAAAGCGUAAUACCAUUUACCCAAGAGGAACUUGUUGCUUGAGGCUUGGUUGUAGGUCAGUGCGAAGAGGUGGCUGAUCCGGCGGCGAAGAGUGCGCACCAGGCGACGUCCGGCGACGAUACAAUGCCCUCGGCCAUCAGUGGCGCGGCACAUGGCCAAGUCCACAUACCAAGCAACGAAGAGUGCGGCAUUCGGGACGUGUGGAAGCAUAACCUGGAGGAGGAGUUCCGCACUAUUCGCAAAGUGGUGCAGAAGUAUCACUAUGUGGCCAUGGACACUGAGUUUCCGGGUGUGGUGGCAAGGCCCGUCGGCGAGUUUCGCUCCACAGCUGACUACCAUUACCAGCUGCUGCGCUGCAAUGUAGACCUGCUUCGGAUCAUCCAAUUAGGCCUAACUUUCAUGGAUGAUGAUGGGAAAACGCCGCCUGGCUACUCUACCUGGCAGUUUAACUUUAAGUUUAACCUGAGCGAGGACAUGUAUGCACAGGACUCGAUCGACUUGCUGCAGAACUCUGGCAUUCAGUUCAAGAAGCACGAGGAAGAUGGCAUUGAUCCCAUUGAGUUCGCCGAGCUGCUAAUGAGCUCCGGGAUCGUGCUAGUGGACAACAUUAAGUGGCUAUGCUUCCACUCCGGCUACGAUUUCGGUUACCUUCUGAAGUUGCUAACUGAUCAAAAUCUGCCCGCAGACGAGGGAGACUUUUUCGAGCUGUUGCACAUCUACUUUCCCAACAUCUUCGACAUCAAGUAUUUGAUGAAGUCUUGCAAGACCCUGAAGGGCGGUCUGCAGGAAGUGGCCGAUCAGCUGGAACUGCGUCGAGUGGGCCCGCAGCAUCAGGCUGGUUCCGAUGCCCUGCUUACGGGCAUGGCUUUCUUCAAAAUGCGUGAGAUGUUCUUCGAGGACAACAUCGACCAUGCGAAGUACUCUGGACACCUUUACGGCCUGGGCACCUCUUUCAUCGUUAAUGGCACAAACUUCCACGAGAGCAACGGCGAGACGAACAGUGCUUCAUGAUUCGUGCUAAUGGGGAACGUGGUCGUGCACGACAGAAAGCUAGAGCAGGAGGGAUCACCAGGUGCGCAGGCAUCUGUGCAGGCCACACCACCUGGUCAACUACUCCCCGCUGCAGCAACACCUUUGCAAUAGCCUGUCAACAGUCACAGAACGUUCUCAUUUAUAAUCAUUUACCCCGUUAGCCAUAUAGCUACUCUCUUGAUGUUCCCACGCAAGUUCAGAUAAAAACCAACCUUAAAAUACAAAAAUGGCAUGCAACUAAAUGUAAUUCGCAUAAAUUUUGAGACAACCGGAAAACUAAAAUAGAUUCAAUUUCAAAUUCGGCAUUUCUAUAUUCUAAAUGUGUUACGAAUACAGAAAUAAGGUAACUAAGCUAAUAUUGUAAGCCAAAGGGCAAACAUAGAAUAUUAUGUAUUUGUAACAAUAUAUUUAAAACUUUUUAAUUUAGUGUA